GCCCGAGUGAGUUGGGCCAAUUUACACCCUUUAAUAUAAUCCCUAACAAAUAAUAUUAUCCUACUCGCAUCUAAAAGUAAUGUUAGGAGUACUAAAUUUUCUACUAAAUAUGAGACAUUUAAUUAUUUAUUUGACAUUUUUCAGCAUCUAAUACUUCUUCUAAAUGGACGAACUGUACGAAAUCUUUUGGAUUGUCCCGAAAAAGAAAACUCAUUAGUCAAAAUCACUAACAAGGAAACAAUGUAUUGCGGAUCUAAAAAAUUUAGAUAAACAUAUUUGACUUAUUCUCUCGAUAACAAACUGCCUUGUCACUAGCCAAACAAAAUGACCUUCCCAUUGCAGAUCUCUUUUGAUUGUUGAACAUCUUUCAAAUCGCCAUUGUUAAUUGCCACCGUCUUCUUUCCCAGUAUCAUCAAUGGCAACAAAGAUCGACAACGAUAUCUCAAGGAUUGAAAAAGGUGCAAUCACUUCCACCAACUCAGAUUCCAAGAAAGAUGACAGCUUUUGGACAUCAACCACAGUAGUCGUCACGUUUCAGAAGGUGAUUGCAGAGGUGAUCGGUACGUAUUUUGUGAUCUUCAUCGGCUGUGGAUCGGUUGUUGUCAACAAGUUAUACGACGGCACAGUUACAUUUCCAGGGAUAUGUGUAACAUGGGGACUAAUAGUGAUGGUAAUGGUUUACUCCGUAGGUCACAUAUCUGGGGCUCAUUUCAAUCCGGCGGUCACCAUCACUUUUGCCAUCUUUCGCCGGUUUCCAUGGUGGGAGGUGCCAUUAUACAUAGCAGCACAAUUAAUGGGCUCGGUAUUAGGGAGUUGCACACUGUCUCUAAUAUUUGAAGUAACAAGUGAAGCUUACUUUGGAACUGUACCAGCUGGAUCUAAUCUCCAAUCUUUUGUCCUGGAAUUCAUCAUCUCUUUCCUUCUCAUGUUUGUCAUCUCCGGUGUUGCUACUGAUAAUCGAUCGGUAGGAGAGCUGGCAGGUAUUGCUGUUGGAAUGACAAUAACGUUAAACGUCUUCGUUGCCGGACCAAUUUCAGGAGCAUCAAUGAACCCAGCCAGAAGUAUUGGACCAGCCAUUGUUAAUCAUGUUUACAAGGGACUGUGGGUCUAUAUAAUUGGCCCACCAUGCGGAACCAUAGCUGGUGGGUUUACAUAUAACUUGAUCAGAUUUACUGAUAGACCCCUUCGCGAACUCACAAAGAGCUCAUCUUUCCUCAGGAGCUUAUCAAAAAGUUAGGGAUAAUUCUUGAGUAAGUAUAUGGUAUGUCAUUUACUUAUGUAUUUUUGUGACUUAAGUUAUACAUUUUUGUAAUAACUUACGACACAUUUUUAUGAGUUAACUUACGCAAAUAAGUUACACGAUUUUGUAA